AUGGCCAACUUUGUCGCUGACCGUGUUCAUCCCUCUAUCUCUCCUCCGCCUCCCGUAUACAUCCGCGCGUCACCCCCACCGCCGCACCCGAACUCAGAUCUUCCACAGGUCCCCAAUAUGGAUCUCUCCGAGGGCCCAUCCAGCCCAACUACCGUCAAGAGGAAGUCGGCAGCCCUGUCUCCCUUGCAGGUUGAUAACGAAGCACACAUACACCGUUCGCCGCUGUCGCCCGUGCGAAUCGACGAUUCAGUUGCUAUUCCUCAGGCGUCCAGUGCAGUUAUUGAGAAUUCGGACGACGUUGGCAACGAGUCGUCGUUUCUGGAUCAGUCGUUUUCGGGCAUGAAGAUUUCCGAAGAGCCAAAAUUUCCUGUCCGAGUUGAUUCGAUGGCUCCCAAUAUGGCCGCCAACCGUCAUGCAUCUGCCAGCACCGGAUCAUGGUCAUUAGUCGGCAACGACAAAGAUGACAGCUCCAAGCGUGGAUCAACGGACCGACAAGAUUCAGUGUCAAAAGCCUACCACAACUCCAACUCGUCUCAGGGAAGUCUAGACAGCUCCCAGCAGAUGGACUACCACCCUCUACAAUACCACCAUCGUCCCUUUCGCGAUUCUCCCACUGGGCAGCGCUCGGGUUCUUCGUCAGCAGAGUACCUCGCCAAUCCUAACCAGCUGUUAGCACCAGGAAAACAACCACGCCCAGUAUCUGCGUACUCUUCGACAUCCGAUCUCAGAAGCCGUUCACCGAAUUUCUUGGCCAACGUUCAGGCUCGCCGCUCGUCGAAUUACUCUCCGGAUACGCGACCCAUGUCGACAUUUGUAGAUCUGAUCAACACAUCAUAUCCGCAACCGGCGCCGUCACCAGCAGCAAAAAACAACGAGAACCUGAGAAUGCUGCUCGGAAACAAUGUUUCGCUACUCAGCCACAAGCAGACCUUUGAGAUGUACCUGGGAAAUGUGAAGAAAACCAACGACCCGGCCGUUCAGUACGAGUUUGCCGUUUUUAUGAUCAGCGCGGUCCAGGAAAUGUAUUCCAACCAGGACGAAGAUCCAAAGCCAGUCUCGGGGGGGAAAGAUAAAGGCGUGGCCCCCGACAUUACACGUUCUCGCCUAUUAAUCGAGGCCAAGGCGAUUCUGCAGCGGCUUGCAGACCGCAGCUAUCCGUUUGCGCAGUACUACCUCGGAGAUGGAUACUCGUCUGGACUGUUUAACAAGGGCAAAAUCGACCAUGAACGUGCACUGCCCCUAUUCGUAGCAGCCAGCAAGCAUGGACAUGCAGAAGCCGCAUAUCGAGCGGGCUUGUGUAACGAGUUUGGCUGGGGCUGUCGAGUAGAUGGGCCUAAAGCCAUGAAUUUCUAUCGCAAUGCAGGUGUGAAAAACCACCCCGGCGCAUUAUUGCGACUCGGCCGAGCCUGUCUGUCUGGCGACCUGGGUCUGGGGAAGCGGUACCGGGAGGGAUUGAAAUGGCUGAAGCGGGCGGCGGAGGCGGCUGACUUUCAGUACAACUCGGCACCAUUCGAACUGGGUUUGCUGCAUGAGAAUGGCUUUGGCGAUGAUGUGUUCAAGGACGAGCCGUACGCGGCUCAGCUGUUUACCAAAUCGGCCGACUUGGGCCAUUCCGAUGCCAACUACCGCAUGGGCCACGCUUACGAGAUUGGCGAACUCAACUGCCCGGUCGACCCGGCGCUGAGCAUCCAUUUCUACACGGCAGCAGCGCAGAUGGGUCAUCCAGAGGCCCAGCUUGCUUUGUGUGCGUGGUACAUGAUUGGCGCAGACCCGAUUCUCGAAAAGGACGAGAUGGAGGCGUACGAAUGGGCUCGCCAGGCUGCCAUCCAGGGUCUCCCAAAAGCUGAAUACACGUUUGGAUUCUUCACCGAGACCGGCAUUGGCUGCCACCCCGACGCUCUCGAGGCGAAUGUGUGGUAUGUCAAGGCAGCCGACCAGGGUGAGCCACGCGCGCAAACACGUCUGAAAGCCAUCCGGAACGCAGCUGCUGGGGCAGAUCCCAUGACAGCAGCAAAGUCGCGAAAAAAGAAAGACCGAUCACCAUCCAACACCAGAGGAGAAAAAUCCAAAUCCAAAUUCCUCGGCAUGUUUUAG